UGUCGCACGGAAGCCAUGUUUGUGUACAUCCACUGAAGCUCAAAUAUUGAACGCAUUUAGGCUGUUGCUGUGCGUGUCACUGUCCGUUUCUAGCAUGGCAAACAAGACAGAGUUACCUGCGAAAGACCGGUGUCUGAAAGGCAGGGCAGAAAAAAUGGUCGUGGCAGCAAAGCAUGCAGCCAAUGGUAACCCCACAGUGGAGCCCUUCCCAGAGGAAAUGGAGAUGAUCAUGUUUGGUAUGGGCUGUUUCUGGGGUGCUGAGCGACGCUUCUGGAAGGUUCCCGGUGUCUAUUCCACCCAGGUGGGCUAUGCAGGGGGGUGUACCCCUAACCCCAGCUAUGAAGAAGUCUGUUCAGGGUUGACCGGACACACAGAGGUCGUGAGAGUGGUCUUUCCUCCAAAGGAAGUCAGUUUGGAGAAACUGCUUCAAGUCUUCUGGGAGAGCCAUGACCCCACUCAAGGCAUGAGGCAGGGGAACGAUCGUGGCACGCAGUACCGCUCGGCUAUCUACACCUACAGUCCUGAACAGCAGGAACUGGCCCUGAAAACCAAAGAAGCUUACCAGCAGGCCCUGACAAAGAAAGGUCUAGGCAAGAUUACCACAGAGAUUCGAGAACAUGCUGUUUUCUACUAUGCUGAAGACUAUCACCAGCAGUACCUACAGAAGGUUCCUAACGGAUACUGUGGCCUGAAGGGUACCGGUGUCGCCUGUCCUAUGAGAGCAGGAGGGGAGAAGGAUGAGCUCUGACAAGGAGAGAAAUACACUUUAAGUAAACUCUAAACAUUGGCAUGACAAGAGGGAGAAAACAAUUAUCAGAUUCCAAAAAAUCACACACAUCAGAACACCUACACAACACAACAAAUACUUACAUAAUUCCUUUAAUCUGAUUUUACUUUGUUGACUCAUUCUGGAGGGACGGCUGUCUUAACUUUGCUGAUCACUAUGCAAAUAACUUGACAUGAGCAGAAGCGUGUAUGUUUUCUGUGUGUCCAGAGUGGAAGCAUAAAUUAGAAAGGCUACAACUGGCAUGAGUUGUGGGUUAGUGGAACGGCAUCAGAGAGCCUGUCUCAGGGGUGGAGAGUUUGAUCGUGGGACUUUCUAAUGUAUUUCCAAAACAGGUAUGAGUGAUAAUGAACAUGGGCUUGUUAACCUCCAUGAAGUGACAUUUUAGACAGUUUUUCUAUCUGAACAUCAUCUCUGAUCACUUCUGUUAGCUUUUGUUCACUGUGAUAUUGUUAGUGUCAUUAUUUUGUAAAUGAUCAGUUGUUUUGCUUGCAGUCCACUGAAAUAAAUUUUUAUAAUGAUAAAUGAUAA